GCUAGAUCAAUACCAACCGCCAAUCACACGCACAACAUUUUUUUUUUUGAACACAUCACACGCACAACAUUAUGUAACAAAAAAAUUCAAAAUAACAAAUUUUUUAAAUGAAAAAAAAAAGAGACUUUAAUUUCAAAAUUUGAAUUUCAUAACGGCAGAAACCCCCAAUACCUUCUUCUUCAUCCCAAUUUCUCACAUCACACUCGCAGACCUCACCAAAAAGAAUGGCGUCUCUCACACCAGGGAUCCUCCUGAAGCUCCUCCAGUGCAUGAACUCCAACACACGCCCCACGGGAGACCACAGAUCCGCAAUCCUUCAAGUAACCGGAAUAGUACCAGCCCUCGCCGGCUCCGAUCUAUGGCCAAACCAAGGCUUCUACGUCCAGAUCUCCGACUCUCUAAACUCCACCUACGUCUCUCUCUCCCCAGAUCUCAUCCUCACCAACCGUCUUCAGCUCGGCCAGUUCAUCUACCUCCAACGCCUCGAAUUCUCCACCCCCGUCCCACGCGCCGCCGGAAUCCGCCCCGUCGCUGGCCGUCACGCCUUCGUCGGAACUCCCGAGCCGUUGAUCGCACGCGGAUCUAAACGAGAUUUCGUUGUCCAGCCGGUUCCCGCUUCUGAGUACUCGCUUGACCCCAUCGCCGUUUACUUAAACAAUAAACGCUUCGAUAAUGAUGAUGAUGAUGAUGAUGUGGCGGUGGCUCCGAAUUUGAGGCCAGCGCUUGCUCCGGUGAGCCAAAACGAGGAGAACCGUCAGAAACCUAAGCAGACUCCACAAAGAUUCUCGUCACCAGCAUCGGCUAAGCAACGUUCAGGGAAGAAAAACACAGUGACGGCGGUGGAGAGGGAUCCAUCCCCGGCGUUGGCUUCGGGGAAAGCGAGGAGAUCCGCGUCUCCGGUUCCAUCAAAAUGCGUAGUGCCGAGUCUCGCGGCGGCGCGUGAGGAGAACAGGAAGGUUGGUAGAGAGGCAGCCAUUGUUGUGCCGUCAAGAUACAGACAGCCAUCUCCUAGUGGAAGAAGAAUGUCGAUUUCUCCAGGAAGAAGGCUUUCAAGUGGUCUGAAAAUGUCUGGAGAUUCUUUCGGGAAGAAGAAGAUGGCGGAGGCUCUUGUGGGAUCUUCAGCUAAACAUGGUACCCGGAAGAAUUGGGAUGAACCAGCUGAGCAAAAGGAGAAGGCUAGUGCUAAGAAUAAGCCUGAGCUUCAAGCAAUUUUGCGUACUCAGGCUGCUAUGUCGAGACGUCUUAGUGAUGCAAAUAGGAGGAAGAGUGAAGAGAAAGUGAAGUCGUGUUCAUCAGAGAGUAGUUUAGUAGACAUCACUUAUCAUGAUCGGAAAUGGACAGAUGGGAGUGUUCCAUUAGAUAGCAUCUCAGGGGAUCUUGCAAAACUUGCAAAGGAGGCCAUGCAAAGAAGAAACUUUGCUGCUAAAGCUGCAGCUCGAGCCUUGGAGGAAGCUAAUGCCAAUGAGUGCAUCAUAAGAUGUUUAAGUAAAUUCUCUGAGCUUUCUUCGGCCUCUAAAGUUGGGAAUCCGCUGCUGAUCAUCAGGCAGUUCUUGGAAAUAUAUGAAGAUGUUAUGAAAUACAGUGAGAUCGUUAACUCCAUAGCUUCAGAAGGCAGUUUUCAUUCUUCACCUGAUCAACAAAACCCAUGUUCUCUUUGGGUUGAAGCUGCAUUAGCUACUAACCUCGACGUUGUCUCACUGGUGAAAAGCCACGAAUCACCUUUGAAGAAAACAACUCCUACUCGCCUCUCUCCAGGAUGCUCGACAAAGACAGACAAUAUUGUUGGGAUGUGGACAGAAGUAGAAGGCAUGAAGGAGACGGCUGAAUUUGCAGUGAACGUACAAUCCGAAAUGCAAAUGUGGUUCAUUGGGUUCGUGGAAGAGUCCUUAGACAAGAAAAACGCAGCAGAGCAGCCUUUAGACGGUAGUUCCAUAGCUGCUGUUCUGUCUCGUCUGAAACAAGUUAACGAGUGGUUGGACAGGAUCACAACAAUGUCUUUAACCGACAAGAUAGAGCGGCUGAAACGCAAAAUCUAUGGAUUCGUAAUCAACCACGUCGGAUCUACUUAUGACAACUCGGCGUCCUCUUCUUGA